AUGAAUUUUUAUGGAUAUGGGUAUCAUGGAACCUCAUUUGAGCAGACACAUCGAUGUUACCCUUCAUCCUUUAUCGAUAAGCCACAGCUUAAGAGUGGGGAUAAAAUUAUAAUGCCUCCCUCGGCCCUUGACCGUCUCACAUCUCUACAUAUAGAUUAUCCGAUGUUGUUUGAGCUUCGGAAUGACCCUGCAGAGAGGGUCUCUCACUGUGGGGUGUUAGAGUUCGUAGCAGAGGAAGGCACGAUCUAUAUGCCUUAUUGGAUGAUGGAAAAUAUGCUCUUACAAGAGGGAGACUUUGUGCGUGUGAAGAAUAUGACUCUUCCGAAGGGGACAUAUGUUAAAUUGCAACCCCAUACUAAGGAAUUUUUGUACAUUUCAAUCCCAAAAACUAUGUGA